AAGCGCUGUGUGACGCGGGAAGCGGCAGUUUUCGGGAAACGGAACGUGCCCAGGGUAGAGACUGAGCUGGGAGACCGGAGCAGGCGGUCAAAAUGCCAAAUUGUGUGGUUUUCGGUUGUCCCCGUCAGCCUGUAAAGAACAACCCAGACAUGGAUGUGAGGCUUCACUGUUUUCCCAAAGACCCAGAGAGGGUAAAAUUGUGGCUCAUGCAAACUAGACAACAUUUCAGGGAUAUUGAUAAAGUUGUCGUAGCAAUAUGUGAUGGUAAACGAAAUAACAAUUACAGGCUAUGCUCAAGGCACUUCACAAAAGAUUGCUAUACAAUAAAUGGUACCCACAAAUCUCUCAACAAGUACGCAAUUCCUACUAUAUUUCCAACAGGCACUGGACUGCCAUGUAUAGAUGAAGAUAUGUUUUUUAAGCGUUGCUUUAAAUUGCAUACAGAUCUGUCAAUGUGUACACCAACCAGUAUCAAAGACUUGCUGAGCUUUACCAAAAUAUUAUGUGAUGUUUCAACAUCUACCAAUGAUUAUGUUUUCACCAGAGAAGUUAGUACCCAAACAGAAAGCAUCUCAUUAAAAGAUGCCAUUGAAUUGUCCAAGUCGUCCCAACACAUUCACACCAGCAUAUCAAAGAGGAUGUCAGUUGAACAUUGCUAUGCCAAGGUGGUGAACAAUACAAGUGUUUCAAAAACACAAAGAAAAAGGAAAAGAACAAAGUCAAAUCUGAAUAAAUCAAAGGAAUCUGCACAAUUUGAACAGGAAUUCUUUGAACAGUCUUCUGAAGAACCUUUAUCACCAACAAAUUCAUUUAAUGAGGAGGCUGAAAUGUCUCCACAUUCAGAAGAACUGCAUUUAGCAUAUUCUCAACAAUCCAGGGUUUUAUCAAAAGAUCUAAAUGAUGCUCACCAGAGGUUUCGUCCUUUAGAAUCCUCUCCCCGAGAGUUGAGGAAGUCAUCGGCACAAAAAUUGAUUAAUGAACGUAAAUUCAUAGUUUUUGAGUCCUGCAUUGAUACACUCUGUUAUAAGGUUACCUGUCAAAGUGUCUUAAACUGCAAAGGACGAAUAAUAGAUUUAAAGAAAAAAACAGAGGGCACAUACUUACAUAUAUCUGCUACUUGUGAAAAAGGCCAUCAAUUUUCGCUGUGGGAAAGCCAACCCAAGAUUUCUAAAAUUGGAGCAGGCAAUAUUUUAUUAGCUGCUUCUAUAUUAUUCAGUGGGUCACAUUUUUCAAAGGUACAAGAGCUACUGCACAUCUUCGGAUUACAACAAAUCUCAAAGUCUGCUUAUUGUCGAUAUCAACAUCGCUAUCUGUAUGGUUCCAUCUAUUAUCACUGGCAAUUAGAGAAAGAGAGAGUCAAAGAAGUUUGUAAAGACCGGCCACUGUGUUUAAUGGGGAACAGGCAAUAUGAGAACCCAGAGCUUGGUCACAAGUAUUGCGUGUACACGUUUAUAGAUGUUGGCAGCAAAAACAUUGUAGACUUUGAAGUAGUUGAAGUCUAUCAAGGUACUUCAUCUGUUACUAAAGAAGAGAGAGGAUUUCAGAUGUGUCUGGAUAGAUUGCGUACUGAAAAUCUUGAUGUACAUAUCAUAGCAACAGACAAACAUUUAAGCAUUGAAAAAUUAAUGCAAGAACAUUAUGAGGACAUUGAUCACCAGUACAACGUAUGGAACUAUGCCAAGGAUUUAAAGAAAAAUCUCAUGACGUUGAGCCAAAAAAAGAACUGCUCCGAAAUCUCCAAUUGGAUCGAGGCAAUAAUGGACCACUUUUGGUGGAGCAUUAAAACGUGCAAUGGAGAGAUUAAUGAACUAAGAGAGCGGUGGCAAUCUCUUCUUUAUCAUGUCUCCGGCCAGCAUGAAUGGGUAGGUAGACAAAGAUAUUGUAGUUGUUUUCACGAUCCAAUCUCAGCAGAAGAAAAUGUCAAAACAAAAUGGAUUGCAAAGAAUAGCCCAGCAUUUGAAAACUUGGUUUUGUUUGUCACUGACGAACAGCUUCAUAAGGAUUUGAUGCGCUUAGUCCAUUUUUGUCACACUGAUGCAAUAGGAUCUUUUCAUAAUAUGUUUUUGAAAUACCGACCCAAGAGACUGGAUUUUGGAAUGGAUUCUUUGGAUGCUCGCACAGUGCUGGCCGUCCUAGCCCACAAUCACAAUGUAGAAAUAAAGCAGGAAUCCGUGAAAGAGCGUUUCAUGUUUCCAAACACUUUGUUUUAUCGCAAACGAUGGGUGGUAAGAACUGGGGAUGAACCAAUGUCUAAUGAACACUUAGAGGACAUGCUAUUGACUGUUUUGAGAGUUUGCAGUGGGAGCCUGACCUGAGACAAAUGCAUCACUCCGGACGUUGAGUCAAAAAAAGAACCGCUCAGAAAUCGCCGAUUGGAUUGAGGCAAGAAUGAAGCACUUUUGGUGGAGCGUUAAACGUGCAGUGGAGAUAUGGAAGAACUAAGAAAACGGUUGCAAUCCCUUCUUUAUCAUGUCUCCAACAAAUAUAUAUGGGUAGAUGGACAGAGAUAUUGUAGUUAUUUUCACAAUCCAAUCUCAGCAGAACCAACUGUAUGCAUCACUCAAGGGUUUAACUAUUAUACUGUCUGUGACAAGUAGCAACUAACACAAAAUAGACUU